UUUUCUCGCGUACAGUUAGAAACCGAAUGAAGUCUUCAGGCUUUCAGCUUGAACAUCAGAAAAUGAUUUCAGAAUUUAUCGACAUGGUAUUUUUUAUGUUCACGUUAAAGAAUUGUUGUAGGAUUUUAACCAUACAGUUCGUUUAAUUUUAUUCAAACGACAAGCAGUGUGAACAGGUAAUAUCACAAGCAGAUGAAGUUGGAAGACUACAAGCAUUUGUACAAACAAGCAGUCUGCUUAUAGCUCGGCGUCCACAAUUUUCCUGAAAAUGGCACAGGAGAAAUUAUCACCUGAAUAGCUGGCACAAGAAUAUCAUCAUCGUUUUAUUCACACCUGUUAUAAAACUGCCAUGGAGAAUUCAACUGGAAUCGUGUUUAUUCUGCAAGGACUGUAUGAGCAUAAGUCGAACAAACGCACAUAUUUCGUCCUCACUCUUAUCGUUUACCUAUUUACUAUUUUCGUGAACCUGACGUUGAUAGUGACCAUUGUUUUAGAGAAAACGCUCCAUGAGCCCAUGUUUAUAUUUCUGUGUAACUUGUGUCUAAAUGGGAUAUUUGGUGCCUCUACAUUUUAUCCUAAAAUAUUGGUGGACCUUUCAUCUGACUUGAUUGUUAUUUCGUAUACAGCUUGUCUGUGUCAAACGUUUGUGAUAUACAGCUACAUAUUCUGCGAGUAUACUACGCUAACAGUGAUGGCUUAUGACAGGUAUGUCGCGAUAUGCAAGCCUCUGAAUUAUCACUCAAUCAUCACAAAUCGGAAAGUGGUGAAAAUGUUGCUUUUUACCUGGCUGUUAUCUCUCUGUGAAUCAGGUAUUGCGACGAGCCUGACAGCCAGACUACCCGUUUGCGGGUUCAUCAUCGAAAAUGUUUAUUGCACAAACUGGGCAAUAGUAACGCUGUCAUGUGUGGAUACCACUAUCAACAACAUAUACGGGUACAUUGCCAUGUUUUUUCACAUUUCAGAAGCGGUGCUGGUCUUUGUUUCUUAUAUUAACAUCAUCAGAGCAUCUGUGCGAUCGCGGGAAGAACGAAGUAAGUUCAUGCAGACCUGCUUGCCCCAUUUAAUCUCACUGACCAACUUCACGAUCGCUCUUAUUUUUGACAUAAUGUACGCUCGCUAUGGUGCCACCGACCGUCUGCAGGCUCUCCGCAAUUUCAUGUCCCUGGAGUACCUGAUUGUUCCACCGCUCCUAAAUCCCCUCAUCUAUUGUCUGAGACUGAAUCAGAUCCGCCGGAGAAUCUUUAGAACUUGUAGCCGGAAGCAAAUGUUCUAAAAUGAAUGCCGGUUUAUCUUCGACCACACGCUGGAAAAUAGGCUAUGUUUUUCAAACUGUGCUAGAUAUAAUUUUUUUACUGCUGAUAUAUUGGUAUUUGAAUUGUUAUCAGUCAGUCCAUCCCGUUUACUACCUUGGUCUGUGGUAAAAUGGAUUAUUUCUUCUUUAACGUCUUUUUGUUGCAAACUUAUGGUAUAGUGCACUUCAGUUCUCUCGCACAAGUACUGUUAUGUAAGCUACCUGGCAGACAGUAGCCUGCACAGUUUUAGCCAUGGAGCUUGCACAAUAAAACUGCUUCAUGGUUCAAUACCGUAACUCUCUUAUGUCUUCCAAGCGCAGAUAACUCCUUAUGGGCGCGACAUCGGUGCACUUGGAUUUUAUUGUAGCCUACUUGGCUCUCCAUCUUAUGUCAAAAAAUAUAAUAAUGUCAAAUACAAUAUAUCUUAGCAAAAUACAGGAGAAUCAAUGUGAAUAUAUCUUAUAUCCACCUGUGACAAUUUCGAUGUCAAAUUACAUAUAGCCUAUGUCAUAUGUAAAAACAAAAACAAAUGCGCGUUAAAUGCAAUAUAGCCUAUAUAAAUGAAAUACGUGAGAUAAAAAUGCAUAUGCUGUAAAAGACGUCGUAUAGGUUAUCAUAAAAGUACACUACGUAUCGAACACAUAUAUUAUUUCUUGUGAAAUUAGGAUUUGGUUAGUUGAGCAAGUGACACACGGACGGCGAACCAAACGAAAAGACGUAGAUGGCAAAUUACGUGCA